GAAGUCAGUCGUACCGCGGCGCGCAACCUGUUAGCGUCGUUUCCGUUGUAAACCGCGCGGGCUCCGUUUCGCUUCGACUCUCUCGCACGAUUUCUCCAUUCAACUGCGCCACUGAUAAUCCACGAUCGUUCACCUCGUCGUUACCGUUACUGAUUUCGAUAUCAGUCGAUAAUUCUGGACUUCUGGAAAAUCGUUACCGAUCGACGCAGUCAGGUCCGGGUUGACGAACCCUCCGAAGAGGCGACGUGGUUCCCGUAAAAAUGCAGCGCGGCGUUGGAACAUUCGACGCAUAACCAUGCCGUGAAUAUACGAGCUAAAACACAAAGCCGAAUCACUGUCAGCGUUGAGAGGUUCAGCGUUGAGAGGUACAUCGAUCGAGGAACGUAAAAUCGAAAGUAUACGUACCGUUCGAUCGCGACUAAGGGGAAUCGAGUUACGAGAAAACGACUCCAAUUCUCGAACACGACUAAUCGUGUUCUUUGAAUUGGAGUUUGUUGCGAUGCAACAAACCAUUAGACGCAAGUGUGUAUAUCAACGUGAAAUGUAAUUGGUGAUUCCAAUUAACGAUUGAUGAAUAAUCAGAUUAAUUCGUUCGUGAAGAUUACCUAGCUGAGGGUACGGGAUACGAUCACUGAUCGAUCUAACGGUCGCGAGUGAUUAUUGCCAACGUUACUCCAAAAUAAUUACUGGUCGCGUCUGGUGCAUACGUGUUCCGGGAAUCGAGACAAGGAACGACACGAUUAAUCGGUCGUUUUGUGCGAGUCCAGUGGUGAAGAGGAAAUCGAGGCACGAAGAAACCAAAUCGAGAUCGAAUUUGUGCGCGUUGUGCAUGAGUAGUGCUACCGCGCGAUUCGGUUUAUUUUGUGCUGGCAGAGGGAACCGGAAGCCGCUAUAUUGGAGAGGAAGCGGGAAAGCGGCGUGCCGCUAUUCUGUGUACCCCGGCAGAGGCGAUCGUCGCAGCCAGAAAAUAAUGAAGAGAUGAUCGCGAGCCUACCGAUACACAGCGGCGGCGGCGGCGGCAGCGGAGGGCUGAACAGCCGCGUGGGCCGCGGAUUGGCCCUUCACAGGUCCAACUCCAGCUUGGAGCUCCCGCACAGUCCGGACCCAGCCUCUCGAGUGCCAGAAACCCCUCUCAGAAGGGAGUAUGGAUCUCACGGAAGCAUCGACGUAGUGGCGCAGUCCGUGACCGUCGGCGAGAACUUGUUCGCGAUGCUCCAGGAUCUGCGGCCAUCGUCGUCGGAUCAACGGAAUUCUGUCGGCGUGGAUUACCUGAGGCGCGUCCCCGACGGGCAGACAGUGGACGCUGACGAGGUCUGCGGUCCGACAGGUGGCUCGAGUCCCAAGCUGCGACUGAAAUUAAACAGAUUGUGGGGCGCGAAACCGCCACGAGCGAUGGAGGAGAGCUGUGGUAGCCCGGUGGUUUCGGCGGACGUCGAGGAGAGGCACAGACGACGAGCGUUCGCUCAUUACGAUUGCCAGUCCCUCACGGCGAAUCUCGGUUACGCGGCGAAAUUGAGGGGCAUCCUGCUCGCGAGGAGGAGGAACACAGCGACCGGUGCCUCGGCUGCCAGCUCCUUCAGGGCGUCUACACCCGACGAGACGCCCGAGGAAGACGCUGGCGACGGAAAAGGUAACGACCUGCUGGAAUCGUGCCCGUUUUUCCGAAACGAGAUCGGCGGCGAAGGAGAGCGAGAAGUGGGUCUUACUCGGUGCUCCCAAGGAAACGGAGUUCACAGACCGCCUUUAUCGUACGGUAUCGCGGUUUUGGAGCCAGCGCCCGGCGAAACGUUAUGGAAGCACAGUUGCCCGCUGCAGAAACGACCGCUCCCCAUCGAGAGCGUGGACGAAGGCGCACACUAUUACAGGAGAUACUUUCAUGGUCGAGAGCACCAAAACUGGUUCGGCAUGGACGAGCAACUUGGUCCAGUUGCGAUCAGCAUUCGUAAAGACGUUAAUCAGUAUAGAAUAAUUGUACGCACCUCUGAACUCUUGACGCUCCGUGGCUCUGUACCGGAAGAGGCGCUGGGGAUCAGGCCUCAGGGCAACAGGCUGCCCACCAGGGAACUUUUGGAGCUGGUAGCCCCGGAAGUGCAACUCGGGUGUCUCAGGCUCGGCACACCAGCCGCUGAGGAAGCUCUCGCUCGACUGGACGAGCAAGGACUCUCCAACAGGUACAAGGUCGGUGUCCUCUACUGCAGAUCCGGUCAGAGAACCGAGGAAGAAAUGUACAACAACCAGCACGCUGGCCCGGCUUUCCUCGAGUUCCUCGACGCUAUUGGCCAAAGAAUAAGACUGCGAGGAUUCGAAGGUUACAAGGCUGGCCUGGAUACGAGAACCGACUCGACAGGUACCCACGCGGUCGCAGCCACGCAUCGAGGAGCGGAAGUAACGUUUCACGUGUCGACGAUGCUACCCUUUACGCCCAAUAACAGGCAACAGCUGCUUAGGAAGAGACACAUCGGAAACGACAUAGUCACGAUAGUUUUCCAGGAGCCUGGAGCGCUGCCGUUCAGUCCGCGGAGGAUACGCUCGCAAUUUCAGCACGUAUUCAUCGUGGUCAGAGCCAUAAAUCCAUGCUCUGAUAAUACUCAGUACAGCGUGGCCGUGUCCAGGAGCAAGGAAGUGCCCAUUUUUGGCCCUCCUGUUACCCCUGGUGCCACGUUCGCCAAAGGAAAAACCUUUGCCGAUUUCAUCCUGGCUAAGGUCAUCAACGCUGAAAACGCAGCUCACAGAUCAGAGAAAUUCGCCACGAUGGCGACCAGGACGAGGCAAGAGUACCUGAAAGAUCUCGCGACGAACUACUCCUCCACCACAGUGGUCGACACUGGACAGAAAUUUUCCAUGCUGUCGUUCAGCAGCAAGAAGAAAGCGGCGGUGAGGCCGAGAUUGUCCUGCGACGCGUCGCAACGCGGCGCCAUAUGCUGGCAAGUGAUACUGGAGGACAGUAAUCAGAACACGGAUUGUUAUCUAGGAAUAAGCGUGGACACUGUCGUUCUCAUCGAGGAACACUCUAGACAGGUCGUUUUCGUCACCCCUUGUGCCAGCGUGCUUGGCUGGCACGCUCAAACGAACAGCUUGAGACUGUACUACCACCAAGGAGAGUGUAUAACGAUACACGUGCGUGGCGAUUACGGAGAAAGGGACGAAUUAAUGGAAAUCGUGGCUCGACUGCGCGCUGUAACUCAAGGGGCACCGGCUACGGAACUCUCUUUGAAGAGAAACAGUUUGGGACAAUUGGGUUUCCACGUUCAGCCAGAUGGAGUGGUGACGCAGGUCGAAAGCAUGGGCCUGUCUUGGCAAGCGGGAUUAAGACAAGGGUCCAGGCUCGUAGAAAUUUGCAAAGUAGCUGUAUCUACCUUGAGUCACGACCAGAUGGUCGACUUGCUCAAGACCAGCGCGCAAGUCACGGUCACCGUCAUACCACCGAGCAACGACGGUAAUCCUAGAAGAGGUUGUUCGCUGCAAAAUUGCCAGUAUUUGUCGAGCAACUACGAGGGUGACUACGAAAACGUAACCAGUCCAGAUAACACGCCGACUCAGCAAACAGCCAUGUCUCAUCAGAGGCGAUACGAGCGUUCCUUCAGUCCGCCGAGAUCGAGCAACAGUUCUGGUUACGGAACCGGAUCUAGCUCUAGAUCGUUCAACGAUCCACGCUUUCCCAUGGAAGGAACGAUGACCAGCAGCAGCAGCGGGCACAGCAGCGCGGAUGAUCGCUGGUACGAGCUCCUAGAACCGCAGGACCAAGACAAUGGGCAUCGAACGGACGGCACUCCACCGCCGCCUCUCCCAGCGAGACAAAAUUAUCAAGUGGUGACGCCCAAGUCCUCCCAGAAAAAGGAGAAAGAGUCCCACUACGCCAGCAGCAAACAGUUUUCGGAGAACUCGAAGCAGCACCACGGUCACGAUCAUUAUACCAAGGAUGGCAAUUACGCGUCGUCGAAAGCGAUACAGGAGAGACACGAGAGCUAUCAGAGGCAAUUGGACAACGCUCACAACCGUAGCCAGGAUCACGUCACCUCCAAUUACGUGAAACUCCAAAAGGAGAAAUACGAGAUCAAGCAGGAGAAUCUAUACGCGUCCCAGAGGGAACUCCACAAGAACGAGACGCAUCACGUCGGCCAUCAGAAGCUAACCGCGUCCAAUUCCCUUCCGUUGGCACAGAACGCGUCCUACAGCCUGCCCAAGUCCAACAGCAACAACAACCUGGGCAGGUACAACGACUACGAGCAGUCCAAGUACGACUACGACGGCGGAAAGCCCGAUAGAAACUCGAAAUACGAAGCUCAGGAAGAGAAACUGUUGGAUAGAAGCGGACAGAGCAAGUACGAGCAAGAGGUGCGAAGCCACGAGAAGAGGACGAUGGGCUACGAGUACACCGAGGACUUGUACGAAAGGAGGAACAGUAAGUACGAUAUGGACAUCUCCAAGUACGAGUUGGAGUGUCAGCACAACGCCAACGAACGGAAGCACAUGGACAACGAGCAAAAUCGAGAGACUAUCAGGUAUGAGAUACCCCACGAGUUCAAGGUGGGCGAGAAAGUCACGUGUCUAAAGACCACCAUGACAGAGAGGCCCGUGCCUCACAAGAUAAACGUCGAGUAUAGACAGACGAAAGACUUCACCGCAAGCCUUCCGCCAGAAGUUAGGAUUCCCGAUGUAAACUGCUCCGAAACCACUACUCUGCCCAGCGAGGAUGAACUGUCGAACGGUUCUGGGAGCGUGUCGCCUAGACUGAGAAGAGCCAACAAGCAUCGCGGAGGAAAUGUCACCCCUUCGAGCGGUAGCUCCAGAAACCAGAGCCCCAGACCGAAACCAGGCGUACGGAAUUCUCACAGGAAUUCCGCCAACCUGACGUCCAGCACGCUGCAAGAGGAUCUGAUGAAACUGAUCAAUCCUGACUACAUCGCUGACGACGGUCAGAUAACCAACAACAACGUGAACGCAUUGAUCAAUCAGCAGAACUCGAACAAGAUCAAUAACAAUCUGCUCGAGAUCCAGAACAGAUGCAGGUCCAGGGAGAACCUGUGCGGCAGCAGCGCCAGCACGCUGACCGUUUUGUCGACGAACGGACAGGAGAAUGGAAACGGGAACGGGUCAGAGGUGAUCCUCACGAUGGCCAGGCCAGCUACAGUGAUCUCCAACGCGAGCACAGCCUCCAGUCCUGCGCCCAGCGAAAACAAACUGUCGAAGGAAGAGAGAUUGUCACCGCGCGUCACCAAACCUCCGCAUUCGAUUUCCAAAGCGCCCAGCAACUUGACCUCGAUCAAAGACGCGAAAAACCAUAACGACACGGACGUAGACUGCUGGCAGAACCACCACCACCACGUGGACGCUAGGUCGAAGCAACACCCUCAGGAGUGGCCAGACGACAGGCUCAUCGACGGGUGCAGUAAUAUCGCUAAUUCCGUGUCGGAUUUGCAAACCCACCUGUCCUCGCUGGAGCUCAGGGUAGCCAGAGAGACUCGGCGAAGACUUUCCCUGGAAGACGAGGUCCGUCGUUUGCGAGACGAGAAUCGACGUUUGCAGGACGAGAGUCACGCGGCAGCCCAGCAGCUUCGACGUUUCACAGAGUGGUUCUUUCAAACGAUAGAUCACCAGUAAUAUUUAACAGUAAUCGUAUCGAUGAUUUUCAUUCGAAAAUGUUAGUGAUCGUUUAUAUUUUUCUCCGACGCGUAGUUCCCCGAUCGUGCCAGAGUACGAUCUUCUCGUUAAGAGCAGUAUUAGUUCCGCGUUUUCCCACGAACGUCGUCCACGUAGAUUUUAAGACGCGAAUCGACGUUAAUUUAAAGCAAUUGCAAACGAAUUCGCGCGAUUCGAAACGAAGGCGUACAUACAAACGUACUGUUUAACACGUUGAACGCUGGUUCCUACGAACCGAUGGUGAACUUCUUGCUUAGGCAGCGAAAAUAUCGACUUCGUGGCGUAUUGCGUUCAUCAGACCAUCGCAGCUUGUUAAACGGUGUAGCGAACAGUAAUAAUACUGAAAAUGUAGAUUUAACAGUAUUUGCAAAGGAAACUUUUUUUUCAUUCAAGUAUUAGGCUCUUUAUUUAUUAUUUUUUAUUACACAGAGACUGACGUCGUUCGAAAGUUCAGCGUCGGCGUGUAGACAACACCAUCGUGGCGUUUAACGUGUUAAGGAUGUCCAGAGAGGAACGCUUUUCCCUCGCGACAUUUUGUAUCAUAGAUUUUAGUUCUCGAUAGUCUUAAGUCGUACAAGUGUAAGUUACCUUUAUGCUCCGUUGAAACAUUGACGAGUAUUUUGCAAUGACCAGAGAGAUACCUGUAGAUUCGACGAACGUGCAGCCUCUGUCCAUUUGAAGAAACGUUGGUUUUCUUCGUCUUUUACUCGUUAACGAUUGUUGACGACGAAUACGAAUGACGUCUUGCUUCGAAACGACCAAAUAUUACUAGUUGUCUAAGGAUUACUUUUCAACUCAUCCCUGUAAUUUAUUACGUGUUUUGUAUAAUCGUUCAGGGUAUUGUUAAUCGAGCCAGAAGGGAACACUCUCGUACGCGUAUGGAGAUGAAAAAUUAAAAAAAAAAACAAAAAACAAAAAAAAAAGAAAACAUUCCACCACGCACGAAACACGAAUUGUUAAUCAUUUUGACGCCUCGAUCGUCCGUCACGAGGCUUUUGUUUAUUCUUCGCAAUAAGCUCUUUGUCUUCAUCGAGCCCGAAGACGUUAUCCAUCGAGAAAAGUCUGUAAGUUAAAGAAAUAAAAAGAACUGAAAAAUGCA